CCACAAGCAAGAUCGAUUUUGAUAGAUAAGGCCUUUACAAAAUUUUCUUGUUUGGAUAUCUUUCAGACAAUUCACAAGCUCCCACGCAUCCUAUUUCCCUAUAUAAGCUUUACAAAAUUCAUCAUCAUCAUCAUCUUCCCAAAUUCCGAUCUCUACCAUGGCAGCUCAUCAUAUCAAUCUCCUGUUUAUUUGCCUUUAUUUUAGUCUAUCAUUCAUCUUUACAAAGCAGGUACAAGCCGAUAACUAUAUCAUUCACAUGGACCACUCUGCCAUGCCCAAAGCUUUUGCCGGCCGCCAAAGCUGGUACUUGGCUACACUUUCAUCUUUAUCUGCUAACUUGAGAGCUAACACCAAUUCAACCAUCCCCACUGCUGAACUUCUCUAUAGUUAUAACCAUGUUAUCCAAGGUUUCAGUGCGAGUCUCACUCUGGCUCAGCUUGAGGCCUUGAAAAACUCUCGGGGGUAUGUUUCGUCCAUUAGAGACAAAACUGUGAAGCUCGAUACUACUUAUUCUUUCAAGUUUCUUGGCUUGAGUUCCGAUGCCGGUUUGUGGCCGGCGUCGGGUUUCGGCAAAGAUGUUAUUAUUGGGCUGAUUGAUACCGGGGUUUGGCCGGAAAGUGAGAGCUUUAAUGAUGAUGGAAUGAAUGAUGUUCCAUUGAGAUGGAAAGGGAAAUGUGAGAGUGGUACCCAAUUCAACUCUUCACUCUGCAACAAAAAGCUCAUAGGUGCAAGGUCUUUCAAUAAAGGCUUGAUUGCCAACAAUCCUAGUAUCACCAUCGCAAUGAAUUCUCCACGGGACACUGCAGGACAUGGGACUCAUACAUCAUCAACUGCGGCUGGAACAUAUGUGGGAGAUGCUUCAUACUUUGGAUAUGCCCAGGGAACUGCUAGAGGAAUGGCUCCAGGGGCUCGAGUUGCCAUGUAUAAAGCUCUUUGGGAUGAAGGCUCAUAUACGACCGAUGUAAUUGCUGCCAUUGAUCAAGCGAUUAAUGACGGUGUUGAUGUUCUUUCCUUGUCAUUUGGCUUGGAUGAGCUUGAAUUGUAUGAAGACCCCAUAGCAAUAGCCACAUUUGCUGCUAUAGAGAAGAACAUUUUCGUUUCUACAUCUGCAGGAAAUGAAGGCCCAGAUUUAGAGACCCUACAUAAUGGAACCCCUUGGGUUUUAACUGUGGCUGCCAGUACAAUGGAUCGAUCCUUCGGCGCAAGUUUAAGCCUUGGAACCGAUGGUUAUGUCAGAGGAGCUGCUCUUUAUCCUGGGAAUUUUUCUUCAACCCAAUACCCAAUUGUUUUCAUGGACAAAUGUGAUAAAACCAAAGAGUUGAAGAAACUUGUGGGAAUGAUUAUUGUUUGCCAAGAUCCAGGCAAGGAAGAUUCCCUCAAUGACCAAUUUAGCAGCAUUCAAGUGGCGGGGAAUGUAGCUGGUGUUUUCAUAACAAAUAGUACCCUCUUGGAUAUAUUCACUCAAAGCCCUUUCCCAGCCAUUUUCCUGGAACAAAAAGAUGGCGAUAUUGUCGUCGAUUACAUUAAGACCAAUAAAAACCCAAAAGCCAGCAUUGAGUUUAAAACAACAUUUCUGGGCUCCAAACCCUCACCCACUGUAACUAGUUAUACAUCUAGAGGACCAUCCUAUAGUGCUCCAUCGGUCCUCAAGCCUGAUAUUAUGGCCCCUGGUGACUCAAUCCUAGCUGCUUGGCCGCUAAAUAUCGGAGUGGCUCGUUUGAAUGACGAUAUGUUGUUUAGUAGCUUCAAUUUACUUUCGGGAACAUCCAUGGCAUGCCCCCAUGUAGCAGGAAUUGCAGCACUCCUGAAAGGGGCACAUCCGGAUUGGAGCCCCACAGCGAUCCGAUCAGCCUUGAUGACUACGUCGGAUCCCAUCGAUAACACCGGCAAUCCUAUCGAGGAUAUCGGUACUAAUCUCCAACCGGCCACUCCACUAGCAAUGGGAGCUGGCCAUAUCAAUCCCAACAAAGCGCUUGACCCCGGGCUCGUAUACGAUGCUACAGUCCAAGAUUACAUCGACUUUCUUUGCGGUCUAAACUUUACACCACAACAAAUAAAAACCAUCACAAAAUCAUCUUCAAGCAACUGUUCCAACCCUUCUUUAGAUCUCAAUUACCCUUCUUUUAUAGCAUAUUUCAAUGACAGGAAUGUGAAACCGGAUUCCAACACAGUGAAGGAAUUUCAAAGAACAGUGACUAAUGUUGGAGAAGGAAGCUUCAUCUACAAAGCAAUUUUGACAGCAAUGAAGGGAGUUAAGGUAAAUGUGGAGCCAGACACGUUGGUCUUCAAGGAAAUAAACGAGAAGAAAAGCUUCAAGUUGAGCAUUGAAGGUCCAAGACAGCUUGAUAAGACUGUGUCUUUUGGUUAUCUCAUUUGGGAAGACAGCCAACGAAAACAUGUUGUUAGAAGUCCCAUUGUUGCCACAAGCUACAAGAUCGACAAAUGACAAAAUCGUUUUCAAUCAUGGUCUUGACUACAAAUUCUAUAUACUAAAUCUAUUUAAUUUUUUAAAAAAAUCUUUUAUAUAUUUGUAAGAUAUCUGUUUGGUUCAAUUUAGUAAUUUUUACUGUCGUUAAACAA